ACCAUGUUAAUGUUUACAGUAGUAACAGUUAUAAAUAUUUGAUUAAAUUUUUAGUACCACUAACUAGGUUCAAAAUGCCGGGCAUCAUGACAGAUUUGAUUGCUUUGAUCGAUUCGGAUAUACCUGAAGGUCGUCAAAGUUUACAAGAUUCUUUUGUGAACCUUCAAAAAGUUGCUGAAUACUGCGAAGCAAAUUAUUUCCAAGCUGAAAAUAAACGUGUUGCAUUGGAUGAAACAAAAAACUAUACCACUCAGUCACUAGCCAGUCUGGCAUAUCAGAUUAAUACUCUUGCAUAUAAUUUGCUGCAUAUGUUAGAUUUGCAAAACACACAACUGGGAGAGAUGGAAUCCCAAAUAAAUCAUAUUGCCCAAACAGUUUCAAUACACAAGGAAAAGGUGGCAAGACGAGAGAUUGGAAUUCUCAGUACAAACAAAAAUACGACACGACAGCACAAAAUUUUAGCCCCAGCCAAUCAAGAAAGACCAAUCAAAUACAUCAGAAAACCUGUGGAUUUUACCAUUUUAGAUGACAUCGGCCAUGGCAUCAAAACCAGCAACAAUACACCAAGAUCUAAGCGUACAUUAGCCCCAGUUCAUCAAAAUCCUUUGAAUGGGGGAGGAAGUAGUGCUGGGCCCGCUCCAACUACGAAACCUCCUACUCCUCCGCAACCUGUUCGAGCAGGUGGUAGUUUGUCGCGUGGAACAAAGGAGUACAGAACACCAGUGCCACCUAUUGCACCUCCCCAAGUUCCUAGCAAUUAUGCCCCAAAUUUCCCUAUUGGGCAUCCUCGUGCUCAAGAAAUGAGGAGAGGAAGCGGCUAUUCUACGUUGCCGAUGGUAUCAGCUGCUCAUCCACCUCAAGGAAUGAUUUCUCAGCCGCCUCAAAUUGGUAUGGUUCAUCCAAUGACUCAUGGGCAUCAUGCUAACACAUUAGGACCAUCAUCCCCCAUACCACCCCCUCCACCUCCUGAUAUGGUGGAUAAGAUCCUUGAACCUCUUCCUAUGCAUGUAUCAACAGAUUUUGAUCGUCAGGGGAAUAUAUCUCCUCCACUUCCUCCUCCUCCCCCUGAAGAUGACAAUUUGUAUCACCAAAAUUACAAUCCACCUUCACCUCCAGCAUUUCUGAGAAGUAGGAUGGAGCCAGAUUGGGUUCCUAAGAACUAUGUUGAGAAAGUGGUUGCAAUUUACGAUUAUUCAGCAGACAAGGAGGAUGAGCUUUCUUUUUCUGAAAAUUCAAUCAUAUAUGUGGUGAAAAAGAAUGAUGAUGGUUGGUUUGAAGGCGUGAUGAAUGGAGUAACAGGUCUAUUCCCUGGAAAUUAUGUUGAACCCUGUUUGUAAUCUAAUUUAGUUAGCAUUUUACUUAUAAUUAGUGAAAGAGUUUGUUUUAUUAAAUCUGAGAAAUCAUAGAAAGAGGAAAAGAUUUACUGAAAUGAAAAAUAAAUUUUAAGAAAAAAUUUAGUUUUAAGAUUUGCAUAAAUCAAAGUUGAAUUAGCUUAAUUUACUAUAGGUUUAUAUUUGAAGAAACUGGAUGCUUUGAUUAUUUAGCUGCCAUACUUAAUUGUUAUUUUCAUUAGAUUUUCUUUUUUUUUUUUUUUUUCUGUAGAAGUAGAGUAUAAACAGAUGAUUGUAUAUGUAUUUAUUAUAGUUUCAUUGUACUAUUCAUUUUUAGUGUACUGUUUGAAAUAGCUAAGUUUUCUUGUAAUUCCUUUUUUACUUUGCAUAAAUAUUUUGUCUGUCUCAUCUUUAAUAGUGUACAUUUUUCUAUGCAUUUUAUUUUUUCUACCACUUUACUGUGAAAUAUAUUUUUUCACUUGUUAAGAAUUACUGGUGGAAAGCAAUUUCUGUCUUUGUUCUGUAAGUAUGCAGACUUUUUUCUAUCGGUUGUAUUAUUUUCUUCUAAUUCAAUGUGCAAUUGAAGAUAGUCAUAUAGUUUGACUCUGCUAAUUUAUUUUACUAUUUAAUAUACAUAAACAUUUAGACAAAAAAAAAAAAAAAAACUGCUAUUUCAUUCCUUUUGUAUUUAAUUGUGUUUAUUGUUCUGUUUUCUACAAAGAAAAGAAACUUCUAUGUUUUCAGUUUCGUUUUCCAUUAAAUGACCCUGUAGAAUUUCCUUGUAUAUUGUGUGAAUAAAAAUUAUAUGU